UCCUCUGCACCUUUUAAUUGCCUAACUAUCCUAGAGGAGCAGAAGGAGGUUAUUAUAGCUCUUACUAAAGCCUAUACUAAUCUAGUAAACAGGUUUAAAUUUAAUAACUUUAUUACUAAAAAAGGUCACAGCCUAGUUGUACUUUUAUAG